AGCGCUGUUCGUCUUUGUGGUUGUGACAGUAGUAGGAUUGUUGGAUCAUUGGAGAGAGCGUGGGGUUAGGGUUUAUAAAACGAGCAACGAACGAAGUACCCCCUCCUCCUCGUCCCGUCCCAGACAACCCCCAAUCCAAAGCCCUAAUACUAAAAGAAUUUACUGCUCAGAUUUAUACGUUUCCCAACUCGUCUUCUUCCUCCUCUCUUCUCUCCCUCCCCUCUCUCUCGCCGUCUACGGGCCUCCGUCCGCAACGAUGAUGUACGGUGAUCCUCAGCAACAACAACAGCACCACCACCAACCACCACCGAUGCAACCACCGCAGCAGCAACAGCACAUUCCGCAAGUCGGCGAGUUUCCGAGGGGUCCGCCACUGCCUCCGCCGCCAAUGAUGCGGCAGCCAUCUGCUUCAUCGACUAACAUGGGCGGUCCACCAGAUUUCCACCAGCAGCACCACCACCCUCCUGCUCCUCAUCCUCCGUACGAUGUUCAUGGUGACAGUUAUGGUGCAAAAAGAAUAAGAAAAAUUGGUCAAAGGAGAGCUGUUGAUUAUACUAGCACUGUUGUGCGGUACAUGCAGAUUCGUAUGUGGCAACGAGAUUCAAGGGAUAGAACAGUAUUACAGCCCACUCCUGCAGCAGCAAUUGAUAUGUUGCCAACAGCUGCCUAUUCUGAUAAUCCAUCUACAAGCUUUGCUGCUAAGUUUGUCCAUACAUCUUUAAACAAAAACCGCUGUUCAAUUAACCGUGUUCUGUGGACUCCUAGCGGCAGGCGUCUUAUCACAGGAUCCCAAAGUGGUGAAUUCACUCUUUGGAAUGGCCAGUCAUUUAAUUUUGAAAUGAUUCUGCAGGCUCAUGAUCAAGCAAUCCGGUCUAUGGUGUGGAGUUACAACGAUAAUUGGAUGGUCACUGGUGAUGAUGGGGGCUCAAUAAAGUAUUGGCAGAACAACAUGAAUAAUGUGAAGGCCAAUAAAUCCGCUCAUAAAGAAUCAGUCCGUGACUUAAGCUUCUGUAGGACAGAUUUGAAGUUCUGUUCAUGUUCUGAUGACACUACAGUCAAAGUAUGGGACUUUGCUCGAUGUCAAGAAGAGCGCUCACUAUCUGGCCAUGGUUGGGAUGUAAAGAGUGUUGACUGGCAUCCAACUAAGUCAUUGCUAGUUUCAGGUGGAAAAGACAAUCUUGUAAAACUUUGGGAUGCCAAGUCAGGGAGAGAGCUCUCUUCAUUUCAUGGUCACAAGAACACAGUUCUUUGUGUCAAAUGGAACCAAAACGGUAACUGGGUGCUAACUGCUUCAAAGGAUCAAAUCAUCAAGCUCUAUGACAUACGAGCUAUGAAGGAACUGGAAUCUUUUCGUGGGCAUCGAAAGGAUGUGACUGCAUUGGCGUGGCAUCCAUUUCACGAAGAGUAUUUUGUCAGUGGCAGUUUUGAUGGAUCUAUUUUUCAUUGGCUUGUUGGCCAUGAAACUCCUCAAGUUGAGAUUUCAAGUGCACAUGAUAAUAGCGUUUGGGAUCUUGCAUGGCAUCCCAUUGGGUACAUUCUGUGCAGUGGUAGCAACGAUCACACAACCAAGUUCUGGUGCAGAAAUAGACCUGGGGAUCCAGCUCGUGAUAAGUUCAAUGUUGGCCACAGCCAAGGUUAUGGAGAGCAAAAUCCAGCUCUAGCUGGUCGCAUGCCUGGUAAUUUCCAAGGACCUGAGCUGCCAACAACUCCUGGACCAUUUGCUGCUGGCUUGACACGAAAUGAGGGCACCAUUCCAGGUGUUGGAGUUGCUAUGCCAUUAUCUAUUUCAUCUCUUGAUACAACGACUCAAGGGGAGCAGAAACCGCCUAUGUCAAUGCCUUUAGGGGCUCCUCCACUACCCCCUGGUCCACAUCCUUCACUUCUCGCUGCCAACCAGCAGCAAGUAUAUCAACAAAAUGUUCAGCAAGCUCAACAGCACCACCAGCCACACCCACAGCAAAUGACAUCUUUGCCUUUGCCACCUCCAAAUUUGCCUCAGCUACAGCCACCUUCCCAUCUACCCAUACUUACACAUCCUCAUUUGGCUCGUCCUCCACCUCAUCUACCCCCUCUUGGUAUGCCUUCGAGUAUGCCAUCAUCAAUGCCAAUGCCUGGUCAAAUGGGUAUGCAAGGUGCAAUGAAUCAGAUGGUUUCUCCAUUGCAACAGGGACAUUUUAUGAUGAAUCCUGUGCACUCGGGGUCAGCACCUCCAGGUGGAGGAAUUCCAAGUGGAUUGGCAAAUAUGCAGGCUCCUACAAAUGCAAGUGGGACCCAAAUGUAUCAGCCAGGUGGUGCAUUCAACCGGCCACAAGCUGGACCAGUGCCGCCAAUGCCAGGACUGAAUCCUUACCAGCCUGGGAAUCCUAAUGCGGGUGGCAUGGGGGCAUUGCCAUCAAAUUUUGGCCUCCAGUCCGGUAUGCCUCCACCGCUGCCCCCGGGUCCUCCACCACAGGGAAAAUCAACACAGUAGCCGAUUCCUGUAGGUUAGAUUAUUUCACAGAAUGUAGGAUGUGCUUAGGACGGCGUGGACAAAUUUCUGCUCUCCGUAUCUUGUACUGUUUGUCCUAUCAGUUAAACUCUUUCUUUUAAAAAAAAAAUAAAUUGGUUACAUUUCUCCUU